GGCGCCGCUGCCCCCGCCGCCGCCGCCGCCACCGCCGGCCUGCGCGGCCGGGAAGCGCCCCGUCCCUCCUUCCCCCGGCCACUACCGGGUUUUUCCGGGGUCAGGCCCAAGCCCUUCCCGGCUGGGGAAGCGGGAGGAUGAGCAGAGGGGACGAGCGUGGAGCUGACGGCCCGUUUUAACGGGGACGGCGGGGGAGGCCAGGCGCGGCCUUUCCCGUAGGCUGUGGGGUGACUGUGGUGGGCCUGGGGUGAAAAAGCCCCCGGGACGUUCACCCCCCGGCAGGGAGGAGGGUCCUGCUUAGCCUGCCUCUGCCGGGGGAGGAUGCGGGAGGCGGCAGGGUCAUGGAGAAGAAGCCACACUGGAUUGGGAGGGAGUUUGCUCCCAGGGAGGUGUCCUCCGUCUCCUUGGCCUUGCUGCUGGUGGCCGUCCUGCUCCUUAACGCCCUCCUCUACCUGUCCCUCAACAAGUUCUAUGUCUCCCGGGGAGGCGCUGAACUGGACCCCGGCCUCUGCCCGUUUGGGUACUUCAAAUGGGGAGCGGCCAAGAACUGCUCCCCGUGGCUCUCCUGUGAAGCCAUAAACAGGGAGGUCAGGAAACUCAAGCGUGUGGGUGAAGGCGCUGUGAAAAAGGUCUUCCUUUCCGAGUGGAAGGAAAACAAAGUGGUCCUUUCACAGCUCACCAACUCCGAGCUGAAGGAGGACUUCCUCCACGGACUGAAGAUGCUGAAAGCACUGCAAAGCAAGCACGUCGUCCGGCUGCUUGGCUACUGCGAGCAGCAGUUCACAAUCCUCACCGAGUACCAUCCUCUAGGCUCCCUGAGGAGCCUGAACGAAACUCUCCACAUCCCCAAGUACAAGGGCAUGAACACCUGGCACCGCAGGCUGAUGCUCGCUAUAGACUACGUGAGCGUCAUUCGGUACCUGCACAGCAGCCCUCUGGGCACCUUGGUGAUGUGUGACUCCAACGACUUGGACAAGGUCCUCUCUCAGUACCUCCUAACAAGUGACUUUCACGUCCUGGUGAACGAUCUGGACGCUUUGCCUCUGGUGAACAGGAGUGCUGGCAAGCUGGUGAAAUGCGGUCACCGGGAGCUCCAGGGUGACUUUGUAGCUCCUGAGCAGCGUUGGCCCUAUGGAGAAGACAUGCCAUUUGAGGAUGACCUCAUGCCUCCCUAUGAUGAAAAAACAGACAUCUGGAAAAUCCCGGAUGUCUCCAAUUUUUUCUUGGGCCACGUUGAAGGAAGUGACAUUGUGCGACUGCAUUUGUUUGACAUCCAUGCAGCAUGUAAGAAGAAGGACCCGGCCGAAAGGCCUUCUGCUCAAGAGGUCUUAGACACCUACAGGAAGGUUUUAACUCUGCUUGUUCGGGAGGCAGCCAUGCCUGGUGCGAGGGAAAUGUUAUAGUGAAUCACGAGACAAACAACAGACUGAAGUUGAUGUUCUUCCUAUUUAUUUGGCUUGCCUGAAGGGCAACAUCUCUGUCCCCAGAACGGAGAAUGAAAGAAUAACUUUAUUUGUACCUUUUGAUUAAAUAAAAAUUCCUAUUGGCA